AUAUAAAUAAACUCUUCUUCGGUACAAUACAGACAAAUAAUCACUUCUUGGUGGUUUACACAACAUUGUUUUGGAAACGCUCAUCCCAAGUAACAUGUCGUUAUUUGGAUUGUUUACGCCGUAUAAGUUCAAUAUUAAGUCUUCACUGUUUGUAUUUAUAGGACUAAUCCAGAUCCUGGUUGUCUACGCUAAUGCCAGAUGUUCUCUUUCUGUUUCACUCAAUAAAAAUGGUUUCCACAGAGAAAUGGUUUAUACAGUUAGUAUAAUACUCCCAAGAUAUUUGUCAACAACCCAAUGUAAAUCUGCUCUUGAAAUGACAUUGCCAGCUGGGGCAUAUUUAGAUCCAAACCAGAUUAACAAUUUAAGGAAACCCGAAGUUCUGUUUGAUUCGCCAGUUGAUGUUGAGGCCCCGGAACAUGCUUCUUCUAAUCAAACCCUUUUGGUUUACACUGAUCUUCAACCAGUAACACAAAAUGAAUUCACUGCAGAAAUAGUUCUUCCAGUUCAUCUUCGUUAUCAUCAGUCAGAGCAUUCAAAACCUUUCAAAACUAUUCAUUUCAAGACACCUGACACAAUAUUUAUAGAUUGCUUGGAUGGAAUGUAUACAACCUAUGAACUGCAGUGUUCUCAAACCAAUUAUAACAUUUGUACAUGGACCAAACUCAAAUGCCAAUGCAGAGUAUCAUCUACUCAAGCAAUCAUUCCAGUUGGAAAUUUAGACCAUCUACUAAUUGUAGCAGUAAUUACUACACUGACAACAAUAUGUGGUACAACCUUCUUACUAUAUCAAUUAAAGAGUCAGUUUUACAAAAUGAAUUAAAAAAUUUUGUAAUUCCACUCUCUACAACAAUUAUCAACUUUGUCUAACAAGAGGAGGCUGGGAAAUUUUACAAAAGAAACUUAAAUGAUUUUGACCACUAGGUAUUUAAAUUAUAAAAAUAAAUUAUUUUGGUGACAACAGUUAUGAUGUUUAUGGUAGGGCUGGGGGGAGAGACAAUAUGAUUCAGCAGUUAUGCUUUAUUGAUUUAAGUUCAAUAUAGAAAUUGUUAAUUAUACAAAACUGGUAAGAAAACAACACUUGAAGUCAUUACAAUAUUUAUUAAGAGGUUGACUGCUAUGUGAACAAUCAAAAUUUUUUUUUUUCUCUUACUGCUACAGUCUUGACACAUGAUACAUGUCUGUGGCCCAUUGACUCCUCUGUCAUGUAGUCUAUGAAAAGGUAGGCUAAAGCUCCAUUGUGAUGCCAAAGUGAAGUUGUGUAGUGGAGCGAAAGUUGGUGGGGAUGCAUAUUUUAAUAAAAAAUAAUGAACAAUGAA